AUGUCGUUGAAUUUCGUUACUGGUGCAAUUGUAGAAAACGACGAAGAGAAACAACUAAAAACAAAUAGCACAAAAAGUGAAGUUGUUCAAGAGGAGUAUGACCCACGCACUUUAUAUGAGCGCCUACAAGAGCAAAAAUUGUUGAAGGAAGAAAAAUUUGCAGAAGAGAGUCGUUUUGCUAACCAUAUCAAACGCAUCGAUGAAGACGAAGCUGAAUACUUUAAAAUUCUCGCUGAAGAGAAAGAAAAGAUAGAAAGUCAACGAAAGUUAAAAGAGCAGCUAGAAUUAGAAGAGUUUCGCCAAGCUCAAAAUUCCAUAAUGGUUCCUGCCCAGGCAAUUUUACCAGCAACUGUAGCGGCAACGCAUAUCAAUGAUAAAGGGAAGGCAGCGAAAAGUAGUCUUAAAGCGGCAACAGUAAAGAAAAGCACUUUAACAAAAGCAGGAGCAGUAAUCAUGAAGAAGAGAAAGCAAGAAGACGAUAGUGAAGGAUGCAGUCCAAGAAAGAACUCCUAUGAAGGAAAGCAGAACGAAACAGAUGGGUUGCCAUUGAAGAAAAAGAGCAAAACUGAAGUAACAACGAGUCCCAAAGAGGACAAGCGCAGUACAGAAGCAGUUAAGAAAAUAACGCCAGCAGGAUCGUUAUCACUGCUCGCGGCUUAUGAUGAUGGUAGUAGCAGCAGCAGUGAGAGUGAAUAA